AUGUCAGCUCCUCGUAAAUACCAGCCUGGCCAUAAUCAGGACUAUUAUGGCCAAGGCGGACAGCCUCAGCCUGGCUACGGGCCACAGCAGAAUUCAUAUUAUGCACCACACGGCCAACAGCAGCAGAAUCAAUGGACUGCUCCUCCAGGACCCCAGAACGAGUUCCCCGGCCCUGGAGAAUCUCCCGCAGAGAAUCAACUCAACGCUGGCGAAGGCGAGCGCGGCCUUGGCGGUGCCCUCGCCGGCGGUCUUGCGGGCGGCUUUACAGGCCACAAAUUGAACCACGGCUUCCUGGGCUCGUUUGGCGGCGCCAUCAUCGGAAGCCUCAUUGAGGACCAGUUGAAGAAGCAUGGUGGAAGAGAGCAUGACGAUCAUCGUCACCACCACCAGGAUCAUCAUCGCCAGCAGCAGCAGCAGGCUUCCAAUCUUCUCCCUGGUCAGGUCUUGAGUACUCUGACUGGAGCGGCUAAUGCUUCCACGGCUAGUCUUCAUCACUGUAAGAAGUGA